AUGUCACUUCAAGGAAAGACGCUUUUUAUCUCUGGAGCGAGCAGAGGUAUCGGUCUGGCCAUCGCCCUUCGCGCCGCCAGGGACAAGGCCAACAUUGCCAUCGCUGCCAAGACAGCCACUCCUCACCCUACUCUUCCAGGAACUAUUUACACUGCUGCAGAGGAGAUCGAGAAGGCAGGAGGCACAGCACUUCCCAUUAUCUGUGACAUUCGAGAUGAGGAGCAAGUCAAAAGUGCGAUUGACCAAACUGCUGCUAAGUUUGGCGGUAUUGACAUUCUUGUCAACAAUGCAUCGGCGAUUAGCUUGACAAACACGCAGGAGACAUCGGUCAAGAAGUAUGAUCUGAUGCACAGUAUUAACGGUCGUGGCACCUGGAUGGUCUCCAAGUACGCCAUCCCACACCUGAUCAAGUCUGGCAAGAACCCCCAUAUCCUCAACCUAUCCCCACCCCUGUCGAUGAAGGAAGCCUGGUUCAAGGACAAUGUCGCGUACACGAUGUCCAAGAUGAACAUGUCGAUGUGCGUCCUCGGUAUGGCGGGCGAGUUGCGCCGACACAAGAUUGGUGUCAAUGCGCUCUGGCCGCUGACUCUGAUUGGCACCGCAGCGUUGACCCAGGUCGGCGACAUGUCCAAUAUGAAGUUGCGCACGCCUGAUAUUAUAGCUGAUGCGGCUUAUGAGGUCUUUCUGAAGGACAGCUCCAAGUUCUCUGGUAACUUUUUGGUUGACGAGUUGUUCCUGAGACGCGAGGGGUUCACGGACAUGGAUAAGUAUGCCCCUGGGGAGCGCAAGUUCUCGCCCGACUUUUUCUUGCCUGACGAGGUCCUCAAGGAGAUUGACGAGCUCCGCGCCACUCAGGGCUGGAACUAG